UUGUAUUUAAUAGUUUCAGCAGCUGCAGCAGCAACAAUCGGCAAUCGCAUGCACGGGCGACUCUCAGUGGAUGCUCGGCCCAAGGGCCAGCUGGGCAGCUGGAGCAUUUUGCUGAUUUCUCUAUGCAGCCUCACAAGUCUCCUGGACAGCUGUCGGGCCGAACGCACCAAUGUGGGUCUUAUUUUUGAAAACACCAAUCCGGAUCUUGAGAAAAUUUUCCACCUGGCCAUUGAGAAGGCGAACGAGCAGAACGAAGAGCUGAAUCUGCACGGCGUGGCCGUAGCCAUCGAGCCGAACAACGCGUUCGAGGCAUCCAAGAAAUUGUGCAAAAUGCUUAGGCAACAUCUGGUGGCUGUCUUUGGGCCCAGCACGAAUAUGGCGGCGCGCCAUGCGCUAAGCAUCUGCGAUGCCAAGGAGCUGCCCUUUCUGGACACGCGCUGGGACUUUGGCGCCCAGUUGCCGACGAUUAAUCUGCAUCCGCAUCCGGCACAGGUGGGCGUGGCCAUCAAGGAUUUGGUCACGGCGCUGGGCUGGGAGAGCUUCACCAUCAUCUACGAGUCGGGCGAGUAUCUGGCAACGGUUAACGAGCUGCUGAAGAUGUAUGGAACGACUGGGCCGACUAUAACACUUAGACGCUAUGAUCUGGAUCUAAAUGGCAAUUACCGCAAUGUGCUGCGACGCAUACGCAAUGCCGAGGACAAGUCGUUCGUGGUCGUCGGCUCGCUGGAUACCCUGCCCGAGCUCUUCAAGCAGGUGCAGCAGGUGGGUCUGCUGACGAGCAGCUAUCGCUACAUCAUCGGCAAUCUCGACUGGCAGACGAUGGACCUGGAGCCGUACCAGCAUGCGGACUCCAAUAUAACUGGCUUGCGACUCGUUUCGCCCGUGAACGAGCAGGUGCUCGAGGUGGCCAAGGCGCUGUACGAGAGCGAGGAACCAUUCCAGAACGUAUCGUGCCCUCUGACCAACAGCAUGGCCCUCAUCUACGAUGGCAUCCAGCUGCUGGCCGAGACAUACAAACAUGUUAACUUCCGACCCAUAACGCUCAGCUGCGGCGACGACAGUGCCUGGGACAAGGGCUACACGCUCGUCAACUACAUGAAGUCGUUGUCGCUGAAUGGUCUCACGGGGCAAAUCCAUUUCGACUAUGAGGGACUGCGCACGGAUUUUCAGCUGGAGGUCAUAGAGCUGGGCGUCUCGGGCAUGCAGCAAAUUGGCCAAUGGAGCAGCGCGGAUGGAUUUGAAAUGAAUCGCCCGGCCCCGGCGCACACGCUCGAGCCAGACAUGCGUUCGCUGAUGAACAAGAGCUUUGUGGUCGUCACAGCGAUUAGCGAGCCGUAUGGCAUGCUGAAGGAGACCGCAGACAAAAUGGAGGGCAACGCGCAAUUCGAGGGCUUCGGCAUCGAGCUGAUUGACGAGCUCUCCAAGAAGCUGGGCUUCACCUACACCUUCUACCUGCAGCCGGACAACAAGUACGGCGGCAUCGAUCCCAAGACUGGCGAGUGGAACGGUAUGCUCCGGGAGAUAAUAGACCACCGCGCUGACAUGGGCAUAACUGAUUUGACCAUGACGUCAGAGCGAGAGAGCGGCGUGGACUUUACCAUUCCCUUUAUGAAUCUAGGCAUUGCCAUUUUGUUCCGCAAGCCCAUGAAGGAGCCGCCCAAGCUCUUCUCCUUCAUGUCUCCGUUCUCGGGCGAGGUUUGGCUUUGGCUGGGUCUCGCCUACAUGGGUGUCUCCAUUAGCAUGUUUGUCCUGGGCCGCAUGUCCCCAGCCGAGUGGGAUAAUCCCUAUCCGUGCAUCGAGGAGCCCACUGAAUUGGAGAAUCAAUUUAGUUUUGCCAAUUGCCUUUGGUUCUCCAUUGGUGCCCUACUGCAGCAAGGCUCCGAGCUGGCUCCCAAAGCGUUUUCAACACGUGCCGUUGCCUCCUCGUGGUGGUUCUUCACGCUGAUCUUGGUAUCCUCCUACACGGCCAACCUGGCUGCCUUCCUCACUGUCGAAUCGCUCGUGACACCCAUAGAGGAUGCUGAGGACUUGUCGGAGAACAAGGGCGGAGUCAACUACGGCGCAAAGAAUGGCGGCAGCACCUUUACCUUCUUUAAGGAUGCCAAAUAUCCCACCUACCAGAAGAUGUACGAAUUCAUGAAGGACAAUCCGCAGUACAUGACGAAUUCCAAUCAGGAAGGCGUCGAUCGCGUCGAGAAUAGCAACUAUGCCUUCCUUAUGGAGUCAACCACCAUCGAGUACAUCACUGAGCGCCGUUGCACCCUCACCCAGGUGGGCGCUCUGCUGGAUGAGAAGGGCUACGGCAUAGCAAUGCGAAAGAACUGGCCGUAUCGCGAUGUGUUGAGCCAGGCCAUACUCGAGAUGCAGGAGCAGGGCCUGCUGACCAAAAUGAAGACCAAGUGGUGGAAGGAGAAGCGCGGCGGUGGCGCCUGUUCGGAUGCAGGCGACGAGGGUGGAGCUCUGGCCCUCGAGAUAAGCAAUCUGGGCGGCGUUUACUUGGUGCUCGGCGUGGGCGCCGCCUUUGGCGUUUUAGUAUCCGUGCUGGAGAUGCUGCUGGGCGUCAAGGAGCGCAGCACCGAGAAUAAGGUAAACUUCAAGGAUGAGCUGCUCGACGAAUUGCGUUUCAUUAUCCAAUGCUCGGGCAAUACCAAGGCGGUCAAAUAUCCCAAGAACUCUGGCAGUAGCUCCAACUCGAAUGCCAGCUCCAAGUCGAAGGGCUCCUCUCUCUCUGUGGACACCCUGCCAGAGGAUCCAUCGGAUGCCGACGUGGAGGCAGUCCGAGAGAGACGUGCAAAUCAUGCUAAGAAGUAGCCGACAUUGAAGAUUUAUCAGUGUUUCGAGAACUUAUUUUCAUGGUUAUUAAACUUGUUGCAAAGUUUA